AUGUUCUCGUUGCAGUCUGGCAAGGAAAUCUCGGCGGCGAGUACUCCGAUAGAACUUGAAUUUGAUGAGCACGAUGUAAACUGCUUGUUAGUUUCCAAAACGAGCCACGUGGGCAACAGCGGUUAUAUCAAAUUGCAGUGGUUGUUAUCGAAACGCAAGCCGAUUGUUUCCGCGAAUGUGCCGUUCAGGACGCUAAUCCACGAUUUUGCUGUUGACAAUGGUUUGGAUGAGGAGAAACUGGAAUUGGUUUUUGAUGACGCAAAGAUCGAUCUCGAGCAGACUGCUGAAGCAGUAGGGCUAGAAGAUAACGACUGCAUCGAUGUUUAUAUCAAACAACAGUGA